UGCGCGCGGAGGGCACAGCAGAACAGUCGAGCAGAACGAGAGCGUGGCGGAACGCGCUUCGCGCACGGAGGGGAACGCGCUGAUUGACAGCUCCGGAGGCACGGAGCAGCCCACGCCGCACACGAACCGAGCCCGCUAAUCUGCCUGAACGGCUCUUGGCAAAAGCAUCUGUGCGAAAUAACCAUCCUCAUGCAUAUCAACUACUAAACUGCCGCUGACCGGAGCCUUGCAGUCAUCACUCAAUUGUGGGAAGAAAUCAACCCCACCACAUAGCAAUGUAGCGGGCGAUAGGCUAUUGCACUGUACCUUGGCUUUAUCCUUUUCACUCAAAACGGGGCAGUCUGGAAGUAACUAAACAUUUGUUUUUUUACUUCUUCAAUACUGAGGAUAACACAUUCUUGGCACUUGCUGAACGAUUGGUGAGAGCAGUUCUGUAAGGAGAGCGCUAAUUAGUUUUUUUUUAGUAGACACAUUUAUUUGGAAUAUAUUCCCGCUAUCCAAGUGACCUUUUCAUUGGAUUCUCUGUUCAUUUUCUCACUUUGACUUUCUUUGAUCUCUGAUUGUUAUAGGUUGUUGCCUGUCGAAGGUAACGGCCGAAAUUAACCGAAUUUACAACCCAGAGAGGCAAAGAAGUUCAGGUCUGUGCGUUGGGUAUGAGCUCACAAUGUGUGUGGCUGUAGCUUCCCCAUUACUCCUUCUAGAACCGUAGCCAGCCCGUGUGGUCGAGAAGUAGUUUAGCUUCUCUCUCCCUCUGUACGUGAACACUUAGAGCUAACACCCCGUUCUAUGGAGUAGAUCGUCCGGAAAGAGACUAAUAGAGCGUUCUCAUUUCCCCCCGCCUGGUACCAACAGGCGGCUUUGGUCUAAAGGUUCUCCGGAGAAUGGUAAAUGACCGACGGGGAAUCAUGAACAGCACUUCGGAACUCGAAGAUGGACCACGGCAUAAAAACCAGACGUUCUGUGAGUGUGUACCCAGCACCUCCCAGCUUAAACACCGCUGGUCAGACUCAGACACAGUCAGAGAGACCCCAUCACCCACCAAGAGGAUGAGCUGCAGCUACCUCCUGUGCACCAUCCUCCUCUUCGUCGCCGUCCUUCUGGCCGUCACAGCAACCGGCACCAUCCUCUUCAUGAACCACUACCAGGCUCCGCCCAUGUCUGACGGCCCACCCCACAUCUCAACCAAUCCGGACGAGGCCAACGCCCUGGUAACCGUGGAGAGGGGCGACGGCUCACGCAUCAACAUCUUCAUCGACCCCAACUGUCCGGACUACAACGGGAACUUCCUACGCCUGGAAGGGGUGCAGACAUCGCUGCUCCACUCGCUGACCGACCACGACACCGACCUGAAGUCGGUCAAAGGUCAAGACCGGGCGCUGCUGGUCAACCUAGCUGAGGAGGUGGCCAAACUGUCGGCCCACGCUGGUCAGCUGAAGAUGGACUACGAGUCUCUGAGACGAGGCCAGGGGAGUCUGGGGCAGGACCUGAACACACUGCAGACAGAGCAAGGACGCCUCAUACAACUACUAUCUGAGAGCCAAAUCAACAUGGUGAAGGUGGUGAACACUGUGAGCGAUGCUCUCAGCUCCAUGCAGAAGGAGACAGGGGGACUGAAGGCUCGGGUCAAGGCUGACCUACAGAGAGCACCGGUCAGAGGGGCUCGUCUCAAAGGCUGUGCCAAUGGCUCUCGUCCUCGUGACUGUGGUGAUCUGUAUGCUAAUGGUCAGAGGGAGGAUGGCAUCUACUCUGUGUUUCCCACUCACUACCCCUACGGCUUCCAGGUCUACUGUGACAUGACCACGGACGGAGGGGGCUGGACUGUGAUCCAGCGCAGGGAAGAUGGCUCGGUCAACUUCUUCAGAGGAUGGGACUCCUAUCGUGAGGGAUUUGGCAAGAUCACUGGAGAACACUGGCUAGGUUUGAAGCAGAUUCAUGCCUUGUCCAUCCAGGGUAACUAUGAGUUGAGGAUUGACCUGGAGGACUUUGACAACAGUACAGCCUACGCCCAGUACGAGACCUUUGGAGUGGGCCUGUUCUCUGUGGACCCGGAUGAUGAUGGAUACCCACUGACAGUUGGAGAUUACUCCGGAAACGCAGGCGAUGCUCUGCUCAAGCACAACGGGAUGAAGUUCACAACCAAAGACAAGGACAACGACCACUCAGAGAACAACUGUGCCUCCUUCUACCACGGCGCCUGGUGGUACCGUAACUGCCACACGUCCAACCUGAACGGACAGUACCUCCGCGGGCAGCACACCUCCUAUGCCGACGGCAUCGAGUGGUCCACCUGGACCGGCUGGCAGUACUCCCUCAAGUUCUCUGAGAUGAAGAUACGACCUGCGCGCGACGAGAGCAAAUGAGUAUAUGAGGCAAUAACAGAGGAAAGGAGUUGAAAGUGUUCAGAGUAAUAAAACCACACCCUCAGAUACUGUUUACUGAAUGACUAAAAGGAUUGACAUCUUUGAUUGGUUUACUACUAUUCUCUACUGUUUCCUGUGGAGCCCUUGUCCCUCUCCACCACCUCCCGGCCCCGCCCAAGUUCAUGUGCCCCAUCCCUACCCGUAGUCCCCUAUCGCCUACUAGUGUUGUGCUGAGGCUUUUUGUGCCCCCCUCCCACCCACACACUUCCUUCACUACAACCUCAUGACUCCACUGGAUCAGGAAAUGAGUCUGAUUCACUCUGUUCAUCACUCUUUCUAUUAGUGCUUCAUUUAUAUCUAGUUAUUAAUCAAGUAUCUGUCUAUUCCUUCUGAGCCUUGACCUUGUCCUUGACCUGUCUCCUGUGUUUUUUGUGCCCUGUAACCAGUAGUCCUAUUCCCACAGUCCUUUGCUGCAUUGCUGCCAGUCAGCGAAGCGUGGUGUUACCGUGUGACCUUAGAACAAGUGACUGAUUCAUGAUAUGUCAGAAACGGAGAUGUGACAUUACAGUUGGAACACACACACACACACAGACACAUACACAAACUUACACACACACGCACACACACACAUACACACACGCAUACACACACGCAUACACACACACAGACACACACACAGACACACACACACAAACUUACACACACACAUACAUACACACUUACACACACGCAUACACACACUUACACACACACACCCUGCCCCCUGAAGCUACAAUAUGACCACAGCAAAACUCUGUCACCUAAAGUGACCCGGCUGCAUUGGCCUCCCAGCCAGAAUGGCCCAACCCACAGUACUGCUUAUGUGUCCCUUUAUUUCAGAUAGCCUCGGUAGGAGGCACAGCGCAAUGGAACAGCUGCACCAGUGUAGAGCGGGAACGGUUGAAAUAAAAGGAGACAUUAGAUUGAAAGAGGGAGAGAGAGAGAGAGAGAGAGAGAGAGAGAGAGAGGAGGGGGAGAGAGAGAGGACAGGUCAAACAGAGGGGUCGAAGGGAAUGACUUAAUGAAAAGGAGACUAAGAAAAUGGGAAUAUACAGAGAAAAAGAAAGAUGGAGGAGAGGCUAUGGAGGGCUGAGGAAGAAGGGAUGAGUAAACAAGAGGGAACCGAUCUCAAUCAUCUGACUGAGGCUAUUAGGGAGCAUAUUGGCACUUAGUCUGAUCACCAACCAAGUUACUACUUCUACAGUACCCCAGAUGGUAAUGCUGCAGUGUGUGUUAGUGUCUGCGUGCAUGCAUGCAAGUGUGCUUGUCCUCUAAUCACUCUCGCAGUCACCAUAAGAGUCCAUUUCAGUGAUCCAUUUCAGCUCCCAGUCAGUCAGACAAACAGCCUAUGUAAAAAUGAUAUGAUGAAGGUUAUCAAGUUCCCAUUGGUAGUGGGUGAAUGUAGGAGGCAGCAGAAUGGAAAAGAGGAAAAUACAGGGAAAGGAAUGGGGUGAAGUGACAAGGUGCCUCUGGUGGCCUACCAUAGAAAGAACGAGAGGAAGAAAGGUUAUUUGACUGCUACCUUCCAGAGCCUGGAGUGUCAUGACAGAGAGGGUAGUGUGUUAUUCAUCUGUUCCUUUAGGGAGUAGAGCAUGUUUUAACCUUUGCCACCACGACCACAAGGUUAAAUAGUCCCCUACAUCCCUGAGCAUUUAAAUUCUAUUCUUGUGCUUUCACAAUCAACUGUAUAGUCGAUAGAAGCUGCU